UUCAUAUUUUCUUGUUUGCUCUGUUUUAGUCUCUCUCUCUCUCUCUCUCUCACAUUCAGAGGAAGAAAAAGAAGAGUCUUUGUAAAGAUAUAAAACCACCCUGCAUUUUAGGCGGAUAAAGCGGUCUCCUCACAGAUCCAUAUCCUACUUUGGCAUGUGUUUCCUGCUCUUUUUAGCCGAACCCCUUAUUUAUUUUUUUGUUUUUCCCAAUGUAUCAUUCAGGGCCUAAGUGCCUAACAUUUCAUGCUGCUCUCAAUGAAAAUGAUCCUCGUAUCAGUGAGUUCGUACAAAAUCCAUGUGAAAAAUAAUCAAUCUCCAUUGCUUUGUGUAAUCAGAGGACUAUUAGCCUGUUGUCCUGAGUUCUUUCUGCAAAGGUGGUGGCUUUUCUUUUUUUGCCGCCUGUGUACUGGUUUUAAUGUCUGUCACUCUGUGUUCUGUUUCUUAUAUUUUUUUACCUUUCUAUCUGCAAUUCUAAUUUUCCCUUUUGGAAUUAAUCUGCAGAUUUGCUAAUGAUUAGAAGCUCUGCAUGUGACAUGCAUCAUGAUUCCUGAAUUCAUAUACUUUUUCCUGCCCAAAUCUAAGCUCCUUGGAAUCUUGCCACUUGUGGGCAUCAAUGGGUGAAAUAGAUAGUUUGACUGUGAAAAGAAUGGAGGAGGGAUGUGAUUUUCGACCGUGGGAUGAACUGAUACCUGAUACACUUGGUUUAAUAUUCAGAAAUCUCUCCCUUCUGGAGAUACUUACUGUGGUUCCUGGAGUUUGCAAAUCAUGGAGGAAAGCAGUUAUGGGGCCUUAUUGUUGGCAAGAGAUUGACAUUGAGGAAUGGAGCCAGCACUGUAGUCCUGAAAACAUCGAUCAAAUGCUGCAGUUGCUCAUCACGAGAAGCUGUGGUUCGUUUCGCAAACUAUGUGUUUCUGGCAUCUCCAAUGAUCUGAGCUUUGCAUAUAUCGCUAACCAUGCUAAAUGUUUACAGACGCUGCGAUUGCCAAGAAGUCAAAUUAGCCACUCAAUAGUGGAACAAGUUGCAGCGAUGCUCUCGACUUUAACUUUUCUGGAUUUGAGCUACUGCAUAAAGAUCGGAGCAGAAGCACUCGAAGCAAUAGGAAAGAACUGCAAAUUUCUCACAGGGUUACGUCGAAUAAUGCACCCACUAGAGGUGAUUGACAAACUCUCCCAAGAUGAUGAAGCACUUGCCAUUGCAUCAACAAUGCCCAAACUCAAGCAUCUUGAGAUUGCUUACCUGCUUGUAAGCACAAGCAGUGUGAUUGAGAUUCUUACAAACUGCAGACAGCUAGAACUACUGGAUGUGCGAGGGUGUUUCAAUGUAAAUCUUGAUGAGAACUUUGUGAAGAAAUUCCCAAGAUUGAAGCUUGUUGGUCCCAAUGUUGUAGAUUAUUAUGAUAUGAAUGGUUGGGAUAGUUGCUCAGAUUACUCUGGUUCUUCAGGCUACUUAGCCUGGGAUUUUGUUGCUGGCAUGGGCGAUGAUUAUGAUGAAAUAAGUGAUGGCUAUUGGGGAGAUGAGCAACAAAUCGAGGACGUUGAAAUGUGGUUUUACGAUGAUGUCGAGGCAAUGGAUGCUGGAUAUGACUGGCCCCAAUCUCCUUGAAGUUGAUAUAUGUCAGUUAGUGCUCAACUGCGUGUAGAGUUUUUAUGGUUGUUUUUCUGGGUCAUGGUACCAAAGUUUCUGCUUGUAUUACUGCUUGUAUGAAGUUUUUCUGCUUCCUUUACGAUGUAAAUAUAAGAUGCGUGUGCUGGCUUCAUAUGAUACUGCUCUUCUACAAAAAAACUUUCUAUCACAGCAAUAAUACAAUGGCUCUUCUCUGCCUGACUUUUGGCCU